AUGGAUAGUAAUAAUAAUAGUGAUUUAAACAAUAUAGCAAUGCCAACAGAGUGGAUUAGAAGAAAAAAGAAUAGUAAUAAUAAUAAUGUUCAAUCUCCACAACAACAACAACAACAACAGCAGUCAAAUAAAACUGCCAAUAAUAAUAUAACAUCGAGGAAUGGUGUUACCUUUCAAGCAUCUGAUUUCACAAUUAGAAAUGAUUUCUUUGGUGGUGGUGAUAAUAAUUAUAAUAAUAGCAGUGAAUACGAUCAUGAACAACAACAAAGUCAUCAAAACUAUUUAGAUUAUAUUCAUUCCGAUACCAAUGGUGGUGAAACAAUUAGUAGUCAUAGUAACUUUCACUUUACCGAUACAACACCUACAAAACAACAUUCAACAAAACAUACAACACCGAAAUCAACAACAAAUAAUAAUAAUAAUAAACAUGUAUAUACAACAACAACAACAACACCAACAAGACACCAAAAUCAAGCUUAUUCAUUCAUUGAUUUAGAUGAUAUUAGUAGUAGUAGUAAUGAUAAUUUUAAUAAUAACUACAAUAACAAUAAUAGUAAAAUAAUAACGGAUGUAUUCGAUAAGAAAAAGAUGUUUAGUAUGUUAUCACCAACAAAGACAACACAAGGUGCUACAACUGGUCAGAAUUAUAAUACACCAUUGAAGAGUUAUAAUAAUAGUGCUAGUAAUAGUAAUUAUAAUAGUAUUGGUAAUAAUGAUAAUAAUAGUGGUGAAAGUGAUAACUUUUGGGAUAACUAUGAUGAGGAGAAGAGAAGAAUUCAACAUGUUAAACAAUCACCGUUAUCAAAUGUACAUAUGACACCGAAUUCAAAACAACAGCUACAACAACAUCUUCAACAGAAUCAACCAACAACACCACAACCAAGAAAGACACCUUUAAAUCUAUUUAAACAACACAACAAUCCGAAUCAAUAUAAUAAUAUAGACAACAGUAGUAGCAGUAUCAAUAACAAUAGUAAUUACUCUGUAAAGAAGAAUCUUUUUAACAACAACAACACUUAUAAUACAAGUAACAGUAAAAACAAUAACAACUACAGCAACAAUAGCAACAAAUUCAAUACAAAUGAUAUAUUUAAUAGUAGUAUUAGUAGUAGUGAUGAUGAUAUUGUAGAUUAUAAUCAAUCACAACAACAACAACAACAAAAGAAUAGAAAACAACAGCAACAACAAAAUACAAUAAGCAAUAAUGUAUAUAGUUAUAGUAUUAGUGAUGAUAAUGGUAUGAUGGUUGGUGACGACGAUGAUGAUAUAGAUCCGACCAUUCCAGUUCCUCUGUUUGGAUCUAGUCAAUCGCCAUCUAAAAACUCACCUUCAAAAGCAAAUGUUAGCAAUAAGAGAAAAGAGACUGCACCGGUUGUCUACUAUCAGAAUGAAGAUGCAAAUAACAACAACAACAACAAUGAUGAUGAUGAUGGGAAUGAUAAUGAUUCAGAGAAUACACAACCUUUGACACCAACACAAGGUUUACCUCUAUUAACAGGAAAUAAUAAUAAUAAUAAUAGUAAUAAUCAACAACAACAACAACAGUAUCUAUCAUCACAAAGAUCAUUAUCACAGUUAUUUGGAUUAGAAAGAACAUCUUCCUUUAAAAAAGAUAAAGUAUUCUUUAAUUCAAUUCUAAAACAAUCGACAGUACCUCUUAAUAAUAAUUAUAAUAACAAUGAUAGUAGUAGUCAACAACAGUUACAAAUACAACAUUCACAAUCGAAUUUAUCACAAACAACAACAACAACAGGAACACAACCACAACAACAACCAAUUGUAAAUAUUUUAACACAUAGUAAUAGUAAUAGUUUAAGUGUAUAUAGUCAACAACAAGCAUUAAGUCAAUCAGCAAAUUAUAAUAAUAACAAUAAUAAUCAAUUCGAUGGAUUUAGUCAGCUGCAACAACAGUUAAGACAAAAGAGUAAAGAUAUCAUUAGAAGUAGCAGUCAGAUAUCGUUCGAUUGGAAUCAAGACAAUGAAGAACCAGAAGAUAUUACAUCAUCUCUUGAUGCAACAGAUCAACUAGCACCACAAUAUCCACCUCCACAAUCAAUCGCUCACAAUUACUUUGACACACAAUCGAUUUCAGAUCCAAUAACAUCGAAACCAUCACCUCCACCACCAAAAUUCGAAGAAACCUACACAAGAACCAAGUUUUUAAAUAACCUUAGAAAUACAUUAGAUGUUUCAACUAAAAAAGAUAUAGAGGAAAUAGAUGAUGAUGAUAAUAAUGAACAAGAUUCAAUAUUGGAUGAAUCUUUUGAUCAUAAUAAUAAUAAUGAUGGUGAAGAGGAAGAUAAGUUGGUGGAUGGACCAAUGAAUGAUAAGGAUUUACAACAUAAUCAAACACCUCAUAGUAAUCAACAACAGCAACAACAACAUGCAAGAUGGAGACAGUUUGAAGGUGUUGCAGAUCUGCAAUUCGAUCAGAGCAAUCAGGGUGGUCUUACUGAUGAACUUGCUGGCCAAGCAACAACACAACAUCGAGCUGAUUACAAAGCGUGGAAUGCAAUCUACUUUUGCACAUCCGAAUACACCUCAGAUUCAACCGAUUGUUGGCCAGCAAGACGAUAG